UUCAAGUCUAUCUGAUGUCCAUCGAAAAUGACGCUAAAAUCCGUCGGCGAAAUUCUGCUGGAAAAACUGCUCGUCCCGUACUCUUGGUUGACGUCGUUGGUGCUCUGGCUCACGUUUCGGGCCUCGUGGUCCUCGUGACCGGCGGGGCCUCCGGGAUCGGCCGGAUCAUGUGUCUCCGGUUCUCCAGGCUGGAGUGCAAGGUCGUCACCUGGGACGUCGACGCCGAAGGGAACGAGGAGACGGUGAAUAUGAUCCGGUCAGAGGGAGGGACAGCGCAUGCGUACCAAGUGGAUCUGUGCAACAGAGAGGAGAUCUACGAGACGGCAAAGCGAGUGGAGGAAGAAGUCGGGAAGGUGACGAUCCUGGUCAACAAUGCAGGGGUCAUGACGGGGAAGAGACUCCUGGAUUGCUCCGACGAUGCCAUUCGGCGCACCAUCAACGUCAACGCCGUCGCCCAUUUAUGGACCACAAAGGCCUUUUUGCCCGGGAUGUUGGAGAGGGGACAAGGUCACGUGGUGACCAUCGCAAGUCUCGCUGGGUUCUGGGGCAUCAAUCGACUUGUCGACUAUUGUGUUUCCAAAUUUGCAGUCAUUGGCUUCGACGAAGCUCUCCGUACUGAACUC